AUCAAAAUCAAGCACACGCCGAACCCGGAAGUGGGGAAAACCACAAAGUACAACAUCCCGGAAAAUACACAGUAGUCAUAACAGUCACUUUACGAACAUGGACAUGACUGUAAACUGUUGACAAAAAUGUGUCGGAGGACCACAGCUUUUCAUCAGUGAAGAAAAAUUCUGAAGUUAUGAACACUCUGGAGUUAGCAGUGCAGCUGGAGGAGUGUCUCCAACUGGCAAGGAGAGACAUCAGUGCACCAGAUAAGGAGAUGUUCAAGACUGCCAGAGGCAUGCUGUUGGGCGAACUGAACACACUCCUGCAGGAAGCGGUGGACAUGAAGUGGCCGUUUGUUGAGGAGAAAUGGCAGUACAAGCGAUUGGUGGCAUCAGAAGACAAAGUGAACACUGCCGAACUCAUUGGCAGACAUCUACCCCAGCUAAUGGUCUCCCUUAAAGCGUCCAUCAUGGCUGCCGAGCCAGCAUGGGCAAUGUCCAUUAUCUUUCUCUUGGACCGUUUCUUCUACUGGACAGACAACUCUCACACACUGCUGAAGAUUGCUAAAGCACUACACAUACGCUACCCAGAAACCCCAGUCGCCCCUCAAAUCAUCAUCCGGCAGGCCAGAGUUUACCUCAACACUGGUAAACUACAGAAAGCAGAGUACAUACUGAGCAGUCUGAUCAAUAACGAAGGAGCAACUGGAUGUUGGAAAUACCAGCGGGAUUGCGAUCGGGUUCUCGUGCAGUCAGUCAGCCUGCAAGUCCGCGGACAGGUGCUACAAAGGCUAGGUCUAUGGCUGGAGGCAGCAGAACUUAUCUGGGCUUCGAUUGUUGGUUUUCAUGUGCUGCCUCUGCCUGAUAAAAAAGGUAUUGGAACAGCUCUAGGGCUUCUGGCUAACAUUCUGAUAUCUAUGAACGAUAAGGACUUCGCUACAUUUCAGAAGAAGCCUCAUAUCAACUUGCAGGGCUUUUUGGGAGACUGUAGUCAUCGACUGCUCUGUGCAGCUCAGGCUGCCAAAAUGGCUGCUGUGUACAGUCAGUUCAGCUCUCUAUACGUACUUACCCACAUGGUUACUCAAGGAACAUGUCUCCUGUCCUACAGUUUUUCCAAAGACUGUCCUACUCCUGAUAAGCACACAUAUCUCUCUUUGGCUAAAGAAGCCUUUGAGAAUGGUUUGCUAACAACGAAGGAUCAUGACUUGGUCCCUAGCCAACAGGAACUACACACACUCCUCAGAGCAGCUUACUGCUUAGCCACAACCAAGAAAUGGCUGUUUGGUUCGAGUGAACAGGUUAACACUGCUGUUCAGGCUUGCCAGGAAGCUAUGGUUCUUUUUUAUUCUUACAGCUUUAAAGACAACUCUGAUAAGAACUCACUUUCUUCUGAGGUCAUGGCAAAACUACAGUACGUUAAGGUGCUUCUCGAAACGAAGCCCUUCACCAAUUCUGACCCACGUUCGUUUAUUCCUGAUAGUUAUCGUUCCAUAGAGGACAGACCAGUACCGUUCACCAUGGACUAUUUUGCGAAGGCAUUGGAAUGUUUUCAGAUGCACCAUAAAUCCGUCUGUGAAUCAUUUUCUGUGCAGAAACGUGGAGAAAAUCUUCAAGGCGCAAGUCAUGUUAACUGCAUGACAGCUGUCCAAACGCAAACUGAGUCCUUUCCAACUGAAUGUCUUACUACAAGCCAUAAAUCAAGUAAACACCUACAGGGGAUUGAAAGCAAGCCCCGAGUCUCAGAUCGGCUCACAGAAACUGCAUCUGAUACAAUGGACAGUGCGGAAAAGAAAACAGAUAAAAAAGGCCCAAAAUCUCUAAUUUCAAGAAUCUCUGGAGGAAGCAGCAGUUUUGAAUCUUCCUGGACAAAUCUCUCUGAUAAUAGUGGGACUUCACCAGUUGUAGUCAGACCUUUUUGUUGCACAGAAGUAGAUGAUGAUGAUGUUGACAACAAGUUAACUAGACAUAAAGAUACCGAAGGGAAAAAUGCCCAAACUGCUAAUGCUAGCAAUCAAAACCAAACAGAUCAUUUCUAUCAAGCUAGCAUAAUUCAUCCAAACAGGAAAAUUCAAGAGCUUUGCACCACCUUGGGAAGUGAAGACAACAAUGGCAGCAGUCCAGGAGCUAUCGUGUCUAAUGCUAGCCAUCCAGCCUGUAUAGAUUUUCCACCUACCUCUGUUCAACAGCAGUUAAAUCAAGAACUUUGCACCACCUUGGGAAGUGAUGAGUUCUGCCAAAUCACCAAGAAUUUAGAUGGGGAAGACAAAAAGACAAGAACUUCAUCGGGGUCCAUUAGUAGUUUGGGCUCUUCAUGGCAAAGUAUUUCAUUCUCUAAAUCACCUCCAAGUGGAUUUUUUCCUGAGGUCUUGGAGAACAAGCAAGCAGUUGAUCAAAACUGCGACACAGAACCAAGUGAUGAUUGUCCUGGUAGUUCCUUUGAAUAUCUAAACCUCAAUUCUUCAACAUCAUCAAUCCAAAAAGAACACUUUAGCCCUUCCUGUCAGACAGGAAAUGAUGCAAGCAAGGCCCAGACUGGAAGUUUCGAGCACAAACAGUCUUUACCAUCUACUGAGCUCGACUCAUUUGAAUUUUUGCAGAUUGAUCAGUCUGAAGCAACACAAAGAAAUCCAACUGAAGCCAACAAACAUAUGAAAGGCAACAUAAAGGUUUCUCCUCCUGUUGAAACUGAAGACAAUUCCUACAAAUGUUCUCAGAUGUCUGGAAAAAUGAUAAAGGACACAAAUCGUGAUCAGUGUUCAUCUAGAAAGAACAACAGCAUUACAAACCUCUGCAAUGGCUGUUUUCAGCUCUGCAAGAUGGGAAGUAUAGUUUUGACAGAGCAGGACUACAGAUCCCUCUUCUCAGGAGUGUGCCAAGGCUGCCUACUGAGGAGGCUUCCAGACAAACCAUUUAAACUCAGACAUUACAACAAAGCUUAUAGUGCACUUCUGUUAAAAUACGACAAGACUACAGAUUCAUGGACCGCUUGUGAAACAAACGUGUACAUUGGUGAAGUGCUAAAGAUGGAUGUUGAAGGAAAACAGAGACAGGCCUUCAGAGUUCAGUAUCUACACCAGGAACUUCUGCUGGGCAGUUAUGUGGGAAAGGAGUAUUUGAAAGAAAGGAAGAUUGACACACACCUGGGCGAUGUGGAAAGACAGAUGACUGCUCAGUUUUAUGUGAUGGAGUUCAACAAGCGCCUUUAUGAGAACAACAUCACCACACAGAUCUUCUACCUUCCCUCUGAGCUACUGCUGCUCCUGGAGUCAGACACCAUCGUUGCCUGUGUUUCAGUGGAGCCAUACAUGUUAGGAGACUUCGUGAAACUCACAAACAACACAACGAAAAUCAACAAACGUCAUUCAACCACAGAAUAUGGCAUCGCGUUCGGACACUUCACUUAUGAGUUCUCUAAUGGGCAAGAGGUGGUUGUAGACCUGCAAGGAUGGAUUACAGCAAAUGGGAAAGGACUGAUGUAUCUCACCGAUCCUCAGAUCCACACACUCAGGAAGCCCAAAUCUGUCAAUAACUUCCACCACAAGGGUAUCAAGAAGUUCCUUUAUGAUCAGCAUGGAAAACACUGCAACUCCAUCUGUAUGAGAGCUGCACUACACACACUCCCACUACAGAGUGAAAAUUAAUGGCAGGCAGACGAAAAACAAAUGUUAUAGUUUUUAUGGAAUACAGUAAAUCUCAUAAAUCUAUAUUAUUUUCGCAAUAAAACAAAAAUAGCAAUUUUUUUAAAUGAAAAAUGUAUAUCGAUUUAAGAUAGCUUUAACCAUAGCUUUUUUAAAUGCAGUGCUGCCUGAGUGCUGGAAGAUCACAGGUAUCCAAUAUUAACUUUUGCCUUUCCCCUUUGCACACAGAGAAUUCUUCAGAUUCUUCGAAACGUUUGAUAAUAUUAUUUACUGUAACAUUAUUCUAAAAUUGUUCCACAUUUUGUAGUCUUUCACAGAUCAGUAAAGCUCCGCCCAUCUUUACUUCUGAGAGACUCUGCCUCUCUAAAAUACACUAUUUAUACCCAAUCAUCUUACUGACCUGCUCUUAAUUAACCUUAUUAGUUGCAAAAUGUUUUUCCAUUUGUUUAUUUUAAUUAAUGAACACUUACUUUUUCUAGACUUUUAUUACCCCGUCCCAAAUGUUUUGACAUACUGCAGCCAUCAAAUUUAAAAUGAUCUUAUUUUUUUCCUUAAAAUGGUAAAUUUUCUCAGAGUCACCAUUUGAUGUUUUCUAUGUGCUGUUGUGAAUAAAAAAUGGGUUUGAGAUUUGCAAAUCAUUGCAUUCAGUUUUUAGUUAUAUUUUACAGUGUGCCAACUUUUUUGGAAUUGGGGUUGUAACAAUAUUUGUCUAGUAGUUUCAUGUUUUAAACAUUAAAAGCCAUAAAUGCACAUAGA